GCACCCUCCACCCCGCACCCCACACACCCCCCGAAAGGCGAAGCUCAAAUGAGAACCAGAGAGGCCGCCGGACUCGGAGGAGGGUCCCGCUCCGGACCGCCUCCAGGAUCCGGGACCCCGCCAGCGGCCCACCUACUGGCAGCUCUGGUGACCCUGCGCAGUGUCCUCUCGGCCGGCCGCAGACAUGACCGAGCGCCUGACCGCCGAGCAGAUCAAGGAGUACAAGGGGGUCUUUGAGAUGUUCGACGAGGAGGGCAACGGGCAGGUGAAGACGGCCGAGCUGGAGCGGCUCAUGAGCCUGCUGGGCAUCAACCCCACCAAGAGCGAGCUGGCUUCCAUGGCCAAGGACGUGGACCGAGACAACAAAGGCUUCUUCAACUGCGACGGGUUCCUGGCGCUGAUGGGCAUCUACUGGGAGAAGGCCCAGAACCAGGAGGGGGAGCUGCGGGCCGCCUUCCAGGUCUUCGACAAGGAGGGCAAGGGCUACAUCGACUGGGACACGCUCAAGUAUGUGCUCACGAAUGCGGGCGAGCCCCUCAAUGAGGUGGAGGCGGAGCAGAUGAUGAAGGAGGCCGACAAGAACGGGGACGGGACCAUCGACUACGAGGAGUUCGUGGACAUGAUGACCGGAGAGUCCUUCAAGCUGGUCCAGUAGGAGCCGCUGCUGGGCCUUGGGAGGCCUGCCGGACCAGGAGCCGCUACCCUCCCAGCCCCACCCACCUGCCACGCCCUGCCCCACCCAAUCCCAUCCACCCACCUGCCCCUGCUCACCCACCUGCCCCACCCACCCCAGAAAAGUAGCCAAUAAACGCGCCCGCAAGACUCCUGUGGCUCCCCCGCCCCAGCCUGGCACAGAUGUGGGUCUGGAAAGGGGGAGGGUUUCCCAGAGGCAGCCAGGGCGCACAGCCCAGCACCUGCUGUGAUAUCUGAUCCCACCCAUAGCUGCAGCCCGAAGGUGAGGCUGGUGCAGGUCGAGCCCAAGCACUCACCCUGUCCACCUGCCAGGGUGGGGGGCGCCCGA